AUGGACAGCGAGUGCGAUGGUCUAGAUGUCCUCUAUCCCAUUGAAAUCGAGUCCGACAUCGAGUCUACCAGCAGUAGAUCCUCGUCUCGACAUAGGGAUUUGGACAAGGAUAUGAUGCAAGACCUCGAGAACCUCAACUGCAGCAACGAAGCAUCCGAUGAUGAGGCGGAGCCCGAAGAAGAGGAUGAUGCGGAGUCGGAGUUCAUGAGGAGGCAGCAGGAGCUGAAACGCAUCCGAAGAGUGAGCAUGUCGAGCAGCUUUGGCAAGAGGACGCACAGCGAGCUAAGUGACUCGGAUGACAACGACUGUGCUCUUGAUGUCAACGAAGCCGGUUCCAGUGCUCGCCGCUUCCGCAAAAGAGUCCACCGCGGAAGCUUGCUCUUCCAGGAUCCUCCCGCACCUCGAAUUGACGAGCUGGAAGAACCCAACUCAGAUGAGGAUGAAUACGUCAAGGAGAUUCGUAUCGUACGAGGGCUACCAUACUCUUCGGCUGAGGUAAUGGAUACCGACUCGAACUAA